AUGGCAACGGGUGAGACCAACGUGGCAAUAGAGGCAACAGCAACAGAGGCAACAACAACAGAGGCAACAGCAACAAAUUCAGUUGUUCUCAAGCGAAAUUCAGAUGAUGUAGGAUGGAAGUAUGGGGCGCUAGUUGAUCCUCUGAACAAGGAGAAGGUCCGGUGCUUGUUUUGUGGCCAUACUAGCUCAGGAGGGAUUUGCCGUCUGAAACAACAUGUAGCACAUGUUGGGACUUCGGUGGUUAAGUGUACGAAACAAACCGAGGACGCUAAAACAGCAUGUAAGAAGUCACUUGAGGAGGCAACAAGGAAGAGAAAGGAGAAGACUGCUCGUGAUCUAAAUCUGAGAGAAGAAGUGAAUGUUUCUAGAGUUGGAGAGCAGGAGCAGGAUGAGGUAACUUGUGUUGGAAGCCAAGUUGCAAGCUCGGAGCCUCACAAAUUAGGCCCGAUUGAUAAGUGGACAAGGGCAAUUGAUCCUAAAGCUACACAGGCUGAAUCUUUAAAGCAACAAAAGAUCAACAAGGAACUUUGGAAGCAAAGAACACAUGAGGUUCAACAAUACAUUGCAAGAUGGAUGUAUAUACAUGCGAUACCAUUCAACGCCGUCAACAAUGAUGAAUUCAUGCAAAUGUGUGAAGCUAUCGGGCAAUUUGGCCCUGGUUUGCAGCCACCUUCUCAAGACCACCUAAGGGGAGUUCUUUUGAGUGAGGAAUAUGAAAGAACCAAGAGUUUGGUUAAGGAACAUGAUGCUGAAAAGAUAAAGAAUGUAUCCUUCCCAACUUCUGUCCGCGACCCAGCAGACGUGAAGCCCGUUCCUCUCGCGCGCAGUCUAGGUGAGGAGAAAGUCCAGCAGCGAUGCGCACGGCCCAACACCACCAACCCAAUCCGCAAAGCAGCCCGUCAGGAGCAGCAAUAA